AGGUGGCCUUAUAUCGUGACACGAUUCUGCACCAUGGUAACCAUUUACUUUAAAUUCAUUUUGCUACGCGCUUUUUUUAUCAUCCCCAUAAGGAAGGGUAUCUGUGUAUAUCUCUUUAUAUGCUUUUUAAAAUUUAUGUUUAUUGUUUUUGAGAAUUGUAACUGUACCUUUGUGGCCGCGUUUACCUGAAAUAUCUUCGGGCGCCAGCCAAGCCUAAAAAAUAGUCACGCACACAUCUCUUUGGUGCAAUUGUUUUGAUAUCUGUUUGAGAAGGAUAAAAAGCCAGUUCUUCGGCUGUACCUGGAUAUCAUAGUGUGUUGCACCUGCGCAGGUCCUUGAAUUCAUUCGCGCCUUGGACUUAGAGGACUAAGCAUCAUUAGUAGGGAUUUGAUGCAAUUUCUGGCUCGAUUGUACAUGUAAGAAGAAGGCCAGGUGUUCCAACGCACUUCUUGAAGAAUAUCGUCAGUCUCCAGGGGAUCCUUAAACUCCAAUGACUUUACAGGAUCCCGCGAUAUAUGUACAUACCUGCGAUACGCCCUAUCCCACCAUGUGUUCCUAGACUAUUUGAUUUCAUCGCUAAACUGGGAUUUAUAUGCAUAACUAAUAAUCGCUUAUCAAUAAUUGAAAUGUCUGCGAUGCAUUCCUAUUAAACUGCACACUUCCGCCUCUACGAAUCCACGAUAACGAUCUAUGAUGCAAAAGUGCAGCGAACUGGGAACUAUGGCCUGGCAGCACUUCGUUCGCUUUGGUCAGAACAACCUGAAGGUGAAGAAGGGCCCAGACGGUCACUACUUGGAGAGCAGAUGUCGCGAGGAGCUGCAGAAGUCGCUACCUGCGGAGUCGUUCGAGGAACUUAUGGCCUGGGUGGCGAAGUGGCUAAAACGAUUGGACGAGAAGAACGCUAUGGUGCGCUCGCAAGAGGUGUCACCGCAGGACACUCGAGAUAAGGUUUCCGAUAAGGAUCUGCCUGCGGAGAAGGAAGGCGACAAGAAAACACCCGCUGAUCCUGCAGUUGUGGACCUUUGCAGCGAUGGAGAAAAUGAGGAAUCCGUCGGUCCCUUUUCUGAUAAGGAAACCUUGGACUCCGAAUCGGUCAUCUCCAGUUCCUCACUGGUAAUCCUCGACGACGAGCUGGGUGAAGUGAACUUGAAGGACUAUGCGGAUCACGUCGAUGGAAAACUGGAUGAGGCCUCUUUGAGAAAGCGGAAUCGCAGGGAGGAGCCCAAUACACCUUCUAAGGCCAAAAAGCAGACCUCGAUGAAGGCGUUUCUGACUCCCAACGGGAAGAAGAUCGAAAAGAGUCCGUCUCCUGUCUUUCGACGUUCUUUGAAAACGUAUGUCAAAAGACCAAAGAUUCCUGCCAGUGGAGAGGCAAUGGACUUGGCAGACACUAAUGAAAAGCGAAGAUCUCUGAUACUUCGCGAACUGAACAUCGAAGGCGGAAACAACUUGAAUAGCUCCUCUAAGGAAGAAUCAAUACCCGAAGUGAUAACUAUCACGGAUGAUAGUCCGAGCCAAGAAUAUUCGGCGAACAAAGAAGAAAAACCUGAACUCCCAAAUGAAAAAACUAAACCAAAGACUCUGGCACAUUUUGAUACGAUAGAAAAACCCCCCAUAGAUGAAGACCCAAGCCAAAAUGCCACCAAAUAUGAGAAACUAAAGCCCGAUGACUUAAUUGACAAAGAAACCCCACCCUGUGAUUCUUAUAUAUCCAAAGAAAUUAAAUCAAAAUCAGAAUCUGAUGUUUCAAAAGUGGCAAUAAAGUGCGAAUCAGAAGUGCCUUUGGGAGCAAGUGGAGAGGCUAAAGAAAAUAGUGAACCAGGUACAAAUAAGGAAGGGCCAAACCCUACUAUUACGAAGGACGACUCCCCUAAAAAUGAGGCCAUGCCCGUACUGACGGAAUUGCUAGCAGCUGUUCCCCAGGUACAUCAAGAACCAACUCACGAUUCCAGUAUAAAUCCAGAAGAACAACCCGAUCCGCUGUUAAAUCAAAGGCCAGAACCUAAUACCAUACGGAUUCGCAGCGAUCUUGUUUCCUGUCCAAUGGAUACGAUUCGGGUUCGCACCGAUCUGUUGCAGGAGCACGUGGAUCGGGUACAACCAGAGGACACACUCAAUCAGUUACGGGAUCAUGUUGACCGGAUUUCAACAGCUCAACCUGCUAAUCCGCCGGGUGCAGCUGAAAAGCGAAGAUUGCCGCCAGAAACACCUGGAAAUCAAUGUGGUUCGACAUCGACGAGCUUACACGGACAGCCAAAAAGGCCAGCCCUGGAUAACUAUAAUCCUGCACCAGUAAGCACCUCCAGAUAUCCCCAUCCACCGACAAUUGCGGUGCCUGCAGCACCUGCUAAUACCUCCGGUUACCGGCUAAUUGCUCCUGCGCCAGCGAUUGCCAAUGGGAGAUAUCCACUAGGAGCCACUGGAGCCACAAGCAGCACCUCCAGUUAUCUGUCUCCAGUUUUCCCUUCCAGUUAUCAACCAGAGAUUCCGCCUGCACCCCACACCAUAAGCAAUUACCAAUCAAAUGGCACUAACAUGCGAGUUUACAGCGCGGAAAACCCAGCACCCCUCGCUGUGAAUGCUCCAGCUAAUAACAAUACCAGUUAUCCAGUGGCUCAGGGGUCCGGUACCAACUCUAGAUACCCACAGGAAAUCCCCGUGUCUGCUGGAAAUAUUACCAACACAAAUUAUCAAUCUUUUAUGCCUGUGGCCCCUGGAUCCGCUAACUCAGUAUGGUACCCGCCACCGAGAUUUCCGUCAUCCAAUCCUGUUGCUUCUUCACCAGCAACCACAGUUAAUCAACCAGCUCGCCCAGCUGUGCCUCCUGCAGCUGUUAUCUCUUCGAGCUAUCAACCGGUAAUGUCAGCGGCUCCAGGAUCAGUACCGACCUCCAGAUGUCCUCCACAUAAUCCUUUGGCUCCUGCACCAGUUGUAACUUCAAGUUAUCAACCAGUAGAGUCAGCGGCUCCAAGAUCAGUGCCUACAUACAGAUGUCCUCCACCUAAUCCGGUGGCUCCUGCAGCAAUUGUCUCUUCAAGUUAUCGACCAGUAAUGUCAGCGGCUCCAGGAUCAUCCAGAUAUCCUCCACCUAAUCCGGUGGCUCCUGCAGCAAUUGUCUCUUCAAAUUAUCGACCAGUAAUGUCAGCGGCUCCAGAAUCAUCCAGAUACCCUCCACCUAAUCCGGUGGCUCCUGCAGCAAUUGUCUCUUCAAAUUAUCGACCAGUAAUGUCAGCGGCUCCAGGAUCAUCCAGAUAUCCUCCACCUAAUCCAGUGGCUCAUGCUGCAGUUGUCUCUUCAAGUUAUCAACCAAUGAAGUCAGCGGUUUCGGGAUCAGUGGCUCCAUCCAGAUAUCCUCCACCUUGUCAUGUGGCUCCUGCAGCAGUUGUCACUUCCGUUCAUCAAACAAUUAAACCUUUGGCUCCUGCACCAGUAGCAUCCUCCAGACAUCAACCAAGUAAUCCUGUGGCUCCUGCUCCUCAAUAUACAUCCAAUAAUCAACUUACAGGAUGCUCCACCAAUUUGUCCAACAUCAUGGGCAUGCUAGCCCAGGUGGAGUUCUUUGCCUAUGCUCAAAAGAACCAAGAGGCUUUCCAUCUCGUCAACCAGCUGCGCCUGAGCCUCCAGAAAGGAGCGGCAAAUAAUUGCAACGCUCCUCAGCGAAAAGUUUAGAUUUUACCAUUACAUCAUUAUUGCUUAAAAGAGUAUAAUUUUAGAAAACUUACUCGUUACUUUCCUAGUUUAUAGAACUUGUUAAACAUGCCAUUGUAUUUUGAUACGCUAUAUCAAAUAAAAUAAUUAGCUGUACGACAAGUUUAGUUGUAUAUUAUUUUUUGACAGCAUUACAUUGAAUAAUUGUACCACAGAACUUUGAAAAAUAAAGCAAUUACCAACAGUACUUAACUCUGUCAAAUAUGGUUAUAUUUUGCUAUUACGUGUCUUGUCUAGUUAAAAUCUGGACGUUAACAAUUAGGUUGGAUAAGAAACUUUUUAAAAAUAUAAUUUUGUUUAAGUUUAUUUAGUGCUGUACAAAAGUAACACAAAAUGUUCCUGUUGUAAUGAAUUUCAAAAUCUCAAAAAGUAAAUCUGUGGGCCUUAUUCGCACUUUUUUUGAAUUGCCUUCAGACUUGGGGCUUGCAAAUAAUUUACCCAUCUGUUGUUGAUAUUUCUGCACCUGUGGCACUUUAAGUUUAGCAGAUGAGCUGCCCACCUGCCUGCCCAUC